AUGAUUCACGGAGAGGAAGAAACGUCCGACCGUUCAAAACGCGCAUUAGUGAAAUAUACCAGCUACGAGGGCAGUCCGCAAUUGGAUAAGGUCAAAACUUCAAGAAAAUUGUCUAUAUGCUGCAAAUUGUGCUUUGCAAUUGGAGGUGUUCCAUAUGAAGUGGUCGCUAGUGCAAUAGGGUUCUUCCUGCAAAUUUAUCUACUUGAUGUAGCGCAGAUAACUCCAUUUUGUGCCUCUUUAGUAUUGUUCAUUGGAAGAGCUUGGGAUGCUAUUACUGAUCCAGUUGUUGGAUAUUUAAUCAGUAAAAGCAAAUGGACGAAGAUUGGAAGAUUAAUGCCCUGGAUUAUCGGUUCUACACCUUUUGCAGUUGUGUCCUACAUUCUCCUGUGGUAUGUGCCACCAGUGAAAGAAGAAAAGUUCCUUUGGUAUUUAGUUUUCUAUUGUCUGUUCCAGACUCUGCUUACAUGUUUCCAUGUGCCGUACUCAGCCCUCACGAUGUUUCUGAGCAGCGACCAGAAGGAGAGAGACACAGCAACUGCGUACCGUAUGACGAUGGAAGCAUUUGGAACAAUGAUUGGAGCUGCUGUCCAAGGUCAGAUUGUUGCACAGGGCCAUGCUUCCAGUCACUGCUUUCUACAGAACAAAUCAGUUGCCAGCACCAAUUCCACUACGAUAAACAGCCAACUUGAUGGCAACAUCAGCACCUUGCAACCAAAAGACUUACUUUCUCAAACGAAAGAUUCGUACAUGAUUGCUGCUGGUGUUGUAGGAGGCAUUUACAUUUUUUGUACAAUUAUUCUGUUCUUUGGUGUGAAAGAGAGAGAUGACCCCUACACUGUGAAGUCAGGCAAACCAAUUCCUUUCCUAAAAGGAAUGAAACUUGUGAUGAGACAUGGCCCCUACGUGAAGCUGACUACAACUUUUCUCUUCAUAUCUCUGGCCCUUCAGCUUGUCGAGGGGAAUUUUGCUCUUUUUUGCACCUAUGCUGUGGAUCUUCGACAUCAUUUUCAAAAUAUUGUCCUGACAAUUCUGGUAUCUGCUGUGGUAGCCAUCCCAUUCUGGCAAUGGUUCCUACAAAGAUUUGGGAAGAAAACUGCAGUUUACUGUGGCAUUACUUGGAUUAUUCCAUUUUUAAUUAUGAUGGUUUCCAUUCCAAAUAACCUGAUUGUAUUCUACGUGGUGGCGGUCUCCUCAGGUCUCAGCGUAGCUUCAUAUUUCCUUUUGCUGUGGUCCUUGCUGCCGGAUGUCGUUGAUGAUUUUAGACUUAAAAACCCAUUCAUAAAAGGACUAGAACCUAUAUUUUGUUCAUUUUACGUUUUCUUCACUAAGUUUGCUGCUGGUGUUUCUCUUGGGUUCUCAACACUGAGCCUUGAUUUUGCAGGCUAUGAGACUGGAGCAUGCACUCAGCCCCCUCCUGUGGCUUUCACCCUGAAACUGUUAGUGGGAGCAGCACCUACAGGACUAAUAGUCAUUGGGUUAUUGAUAUUCCAGUUUUACCCAAUAACAGAAGAAGUCCGAAUGAGAAAUAAAUUGGCACUCCAAGAGCUAAGGAACGACAGGCAGAACUGUGAACAUCCAUUGAAUGACAUGCGGAGAAUAUUAUGACAAAUAUCAGGACUGAAUGUGACAAACAUUUACAAGCCAUAGAUUCCACCAUCUGCAGGAAUUGUUAUUGCUGCAGUACCUGUGUAUAUUACACUGAUUGCAAACGGCUAUUGCAAUGAUUUAUACUUUAAUACACUUUAUGCAGUUAUUUUGUAAAUUUAAAAUAUUGAAUUGGUUUCACAUAAAAAUAAUUGAUGUGCAAACGGUUAAUUUAAUAUUGUGUGAAGGAAUGCAUAGUAUUCAUACAUUUCCUUUUAUUUACUAGGUUUUUCGAAUUUUAAUUUAUUGCAUCAUAAUUA